CACCAUUCACGCCCAGCUGGUCCCUACAAACAGAGAGAGGCAGAGAGGAAGAGUGCCAGAGUCGGAUAGGACAGAAAAAGCACAGCAUGUUAAGUUUUGAUAAAACUCGUACUGCUGCAGACACCCCACGUUGACAUCGUACCUUGAAACCAAGAAAUGAAUAUCAUUACACAGGUACAACUGUUUCAUCCCCCAAAUGAAACACAUCUUAUAAUAAAGAGUAUUAUUAACAACAACCUCAAGAAGCUCAAGAAAUUAGUAAAGGAAACCAACAUUAAUGAACUUUACCCAUGCAAAGAAGUUGAUGACUAUAUAACUCCACUGAUAGCUGCUGUUGUAAAUCACAAUGAGGAUAUUUUGACAUUCCUUUUGCAUCGGGGUGCUGACCCAAACAAGGCUUCCAGUAGUGGCCUUACACCUCUGCAUCAUGUAUCACUAUCCAAAGCACCAGAUAUUUUUGUUGAGAAACUGCUUGAAGCCAAAGCUCAUCCAAAUGGAUCGAAUCCAAUGUGUACCCCUCUGCACACUGCUGCCAUCCAUGACAGGGACGAUGUCUUCAGAGUUCUCCUUUCAGCUGGAGCAAUGGUAACAUCCUUGUCUGGGGCUCAACAUAAAUUACACAAUGAAAAGAUAUCUAAGAGGAUUCAUGACCUUGCAUCGAGGGGAGAUAAAUUGUGCUCCAAAAUCAGAUAUUUCCUAGAUAUGGAAAUUGCUGUGUCAGAAAAAACACCUGAAGAAGUGUUCAAAACGUUUGACAGUCACAUGCUGUCGGAGGAUCCUCAGACCCAUCUGACAAUGAUUGAAAGACUUUUUAAGGUAACUGGGCUACAUGAAGAAAAAUACAAGCAACUAAGUAUCAAAUGGCUGAAGGACACUGGAAAUCUUGACACGUACAUUGCAGGUGCCGUCAGUCGCUUUCCAAACAUUCCCCAGGAAUAUGUUAUAAUGUCAAUUUUCACUUUAAAUGCAGUUUUUUGCACUCUUGAAGAUAUACCAAAUGAGCAAUCUUUGGAUAUAAUUUCCCAACUACUGAACCAGCUUAGCUCAAAAGAGAGUCCUGAUAUAUGGAAAGCUGUUUUGUCCACACUAUAUGUGAUAACACAGAAAACAAAAGGCACAAAUAGCUGGGAUCAGAACUUUGUUGAGAAGAUAUGCAAGACAAUAGCUCCUUUUGUAGAGAACCGAUACACCACUGGCAUAAGACUUGUCACAUACGGCACAUUCGCAAGCUUACUCUCAGUUAAACAUGCAACCAGCAUCUUUGCAUCAGUGGGGAUAACUUCAGUGCCUGAGGACUUACUGAUGUCUGCAGAAAUGCAUACAAAUGAGAAGCUGAAAGAAGUGCUUAAGCAACUGAAAGAUCAUCUCAGCAAGCCAAGCAUGGACUCUGAGGACUCUACAGUCUUACCUGAAUCCAAAAAGAAGAAGAAAAAGAAGAAGAAGAAAAAGAAAAACAAGGAACAGUCAGAAAACCAAGAAGAACCAAAUGAGGAAGUUUGCACUGCUUCAUCUAAUCCAACAGUAGGCCCUGUUGAGGAGACCACUUCAAAUGUGAAGCCAUUCCAUGUCCAAACUACUAAAUCAAUGCCACGCAGAUGGGAACAAAGCAGCGUGAGGUGGAGAGAAAAGUUAGAGAAGCUUGUGAGUACAGAUGAAGAAGUGAACAGAAUUGGGAGCAUGAUAUAUGUAAAUAAAGAAGAAUUCUGCAUAGCAAAAGGGAGUGACAGUACCCAAGUCUUCUUGGGGCUGAGAGAUGAUGGCACUGAAGUUGCUAUUAAGAAAAUGGUAAAAUGCAACUAUCAGGUGCUGAAGCAUGAGGAAGGAUUUCUACGGCUUCCAGAGCUUGACCAUCCAUCCAUUGUGAGAUACAUUGACCAAUCGGAGGAUGACAACUUUGGAUAUCUUGGUCUUCAACUGUGUGAAUACACCUUGGAAGAAUACAUCAAAACUCAUGAUGAUAGUCACUUGAGAAAGAAACUUGUCCUUGAAGUUCUCAACAGUUUAAGGGUGCUUCACUGUCAAGAUCCUCCCAUUCUCCACCGGGACCUCAAACCACAGAAUGUUCUGAUCGAUAUUAAAGGGAGGGCGCGAUUGGCUGAUUUUGGCAUCAGUAGACGGUUACCCAAAGGACAAACAACUUACUGCACAGGAAAAGCAGGAACAAAAUGCUGGAUGGCCAAGGAAACUUUAUCAGAAGAAGACGAAACCAAUAUACCGUACAAGUCAAGCUCUGACAUACAGGUGGCAGGGAUGCUGAUUUAUUAUAUCCUCUCUGGAGGAAAACAUCCUUUUGGAGACAAACCCCGUAAAUGUGAGAACAACAUUGAAGAAGGGAACUACACUUUGGACCAUGUUCAAGACGUCUUGGCAAAAGACCUCAUUGAGUGGAUGAUUGAUGCAGAACCAAAGAACAGACCUAAAGUGGAAGAAUGCUUGAAGCAUCCCUUCCUCAGAGACAAUGACUGGAAAGUAGAAUACUUGGGAAAGGUGAAAAACGUGAAGGAGGCAGCAAACUGGCAAAAUCCUGACGAGGGAUUGACUUCUUCGCUGAGGAAAUGGGCUGCUGAUGGAUCCUCCGAACUCUGGAGAGAUAAGUUUCCAGAUUGCUUGCUGCAGAAGAUAGAUAAAAAUAAUCGCUACAAAAAACACACGUCGGAAUUACUGCGCUUCAUACGAAACCUCCAUCAGCACUAUGCCGAGGAUGCAGCCACAUUGGAUCUGUUGAAGAUGUUUCCUGAUCUCUUUGAGAAUGUUUAUAUAUUUACCAAAAGCAAAGGGUGGAAUAAUGAGCCACCUCUGAAGGAAAUGUGUGAAAGAGAAGGGUCCUUCUUUAAAUAUAGGCCUACCUCUUCUCUGAUACAUUCAAAUUCCGAAUAGGGGAUAAGUGGUAUAAUAGCCUAUAAGUUAAGAAUGCUCACUCUGAUGGUCAUCAUAUUUGGAGAGGGAAAUACCAGGUGGCUGAACUACAUCACCAAAUAGUCAGAAUAAGAGUAACCCAAUAAAAUAAAGUUUAUUAGUUCUAAAUUGCAAGCCUUUAAAACAUAGGUGUAAAUAGUACAGGUUUUAUUGAAACUGGAACCUUAAUUCCAGGUACAGUAUACACAUCAUCAAAUAAUUCUGUGAGAGGUCAAGUAUAUAGAUACUAGAAUAUAAUGUUAAAGGUGGGGUAGGUAAUUUUGGAGAAACCAGCUCGAGUGCGCUAGAAUUUGAAA